UCUUGUUAGUGUCGACCGUCAUCUUCUCGAUUUCACGAUACAUAACCAACCCACGGAUACGUACUUUCUUUGGCUUUACAUCCUUUUCUACUCGACAUGCCAAAUGCACUUUUACUUGAAUACCUCCCUCCUCCCACAAGAUCACAAACAACCUCGACUGAGCAGACACGCUCUCCUUGACCAACGAUCCUCCUACUUUACUUCGCACUACAACCAUGGACUCCCUCAAUGCGGGAUACUCGCCGGGGUACCUUCCCAUGAUGGACUCCAAUAAUGUCUUCCUGAACGACUGGAAUACUCAGAUGGCCAUCGCGGAGGCCUCGAGGAGGUUACGAAAAGGCUAUGCCACCCCAAGCAACGGGUCAAAGAUGAGAGUGUCCAAGCCCGCCAGUGCGAGCACCAGUCCUGUUCGCAGGAGAGCAAACGGCAACGAUAUAGCCUUUCAACAACAGUGCCCACAGGCGAGGACAGAUCGUACCGCCAGGCCAUCACGUCCUCUCAGCUGGCACCCAAACGCUUGCUUCUACACGCCUCAGCCAUAUCAAGAACCAUCAAGUUGCUAUCCCUUCUCGACGCCCAGUCUUUAUACCACUGGACCCGCCUAUUACCCGCCACAACAGCAACAACAGUUCUCACCAAACAUGGCCGCCUUUUCCACAAACGCGUCACCGUCAUCGGCGUGUUCCCCUCUGCCACUGGGCUACUCCCAAGCCAAUGUUCCCCAAUACGUCAGCCCCGAAGCGUGGCAACAACACACCACACCAUACUACCCAGACUCAUCUCACCAGAUGAGCAUCGAUGGGCCACCCACCCUGACAUAUGCUCGAGGGUCGGGAACUCCUGACGACUGGAGCGACGACAUGGCGGUUCACAACAUGAGCCAGACCAACCCUCCCACACCUGAAGCCUUUGUCAAUACCAAGGCUCCGCAGCCGGCAGUCAGCGGAGAGUCUGCUAUGAUUGAUGGCAAUGACGAGGAUGAGGGUGAAAUCUUGGUUGGAAUGGGUCUCUACGACACGGCAACCAAGUAUGACCAAGACCCCCAGCUGGACAAUUACCGCUCAACUGUCUCCUCACUACUGGGGUCUGUUUACCGGCCCUCGGGGGAGGCAACAGGAAAGGGCCUCACCCUAGAGGAAGCCUGGGAGCCCCCCAAGUCUGACGAAGAGGAGGAUGGAGAUGACGAGUGACGGGGCGGUCCUCGAUGGCUUCACUUACUGUGCUCCACACGAGCCUCUUUUAUGAUUCCUUGGGUUCUACCGGAGUUUGUUACACAUGGAGCGAGCGUUUUGACAUUUAGAAUAGCGGGCAUGAACAGGCAAUAUCCACACGGAGUGCCACGGCAAGGAUAGCGUUCAGGGCAUUUCGGGUCAGGAGCAUCUAUUUUUUUUGGAUGUUAGGUAUUAGAUAGUCUAGCAUCGGCCGCAGCGGGGACUAGAAUGGCCGGUUGAAACUGAAGAAAUUUGAAGAAGAAUUGUCUCCUUCAUCGAUGGAUGAAUCGUCUCC